AUGCAUCCCUGCCCAAGCGCGCAUGCGCCAAGUAGCCAUCAGGCAAGUGGCAAGAUUGAACACGCAGUCGUGCUCCUCGCCCUGCCUCACUCCAAAAUCGCAGCUUCAUCUUCGUCCUUGGAACCUCAUGAUUGCCUUCACCGUCCGGCGCGGGCCAAUGCGCCUGCCUUGCUAAACACCAGUGUUUUUGUCCUCUCCCCAACCUUUGAUUAUUUUAUCUUCUUCAUCAUUGUGCUCAAUGCCAUCUUUAUGGCCCUAUCUCAUCCACCCCCCUACGCCGAAUAUAUCUUCACGGCCAUUUACACCAUCGAAAUGAUGGGCAAGAUGUUCGCCAUGGGCAUCGUGCGAAAUCGACUCUGCUAUUUACGCGAGCCAUUCAAUAUCCUGGAUGCUUUUGUUGUUGCUCUCAGCUACUUGACCUUUAUUCCUUCCGUUGGCUCAUAUGCCGCCAUCCGGACGCUGCGCGUCUUUCGAGCUCUACGCUCUAUUACCGGCACACUCCGCCACAAAUGCGUGGCCUUGGCACCCUCGGGGCUCUCCGAUGCAGCCUGGGACUCUUGGAUACACAACGCCACCCACUGGGCUACCAACGCUGACGGUGAUUACCUGCUAUGCGGCAACAUGUCGUCGGCACGGCGUUGCCCAAGUGAUUACGUCUGUCUUUCGCGCCUUCUGCCAAACCCCAACUAUGGGUUCACCAGCUUUGACAACAUGGGCGCUGCUGCCCUGACCAAUUUUCAGGUUCUGACACUAGAUUUUUGGGAGGAUGUUUACAACAAAGUGCUGGAGACCAACGGCAAGGGUCACCUCAUCAUCUUCAUCAUCCUUGUAUUUGUGGGCUGUUUCUUCAUCAUCAAUCUUGUGCUUGCCAUUGUAGCUAUGGCUUAUUCUCGCGAGGUUAAGGUUGAGGCUACGCGUCGCGCAACCUUGGCGAGUCGUGUCAUGUCCAUUGCCCAUGCCGGCUUUACAGACCUGCCCAUUACGCGACGUCUGUCCACAAGUGCCGCCGCCCUCGAGUCUGAGAACGCAGAGACCGAGUCCAUUGCACCCGCAACGCGUGCUCAGCAAUUUGCUACAUUCAUUACGAUUGUGAUUGUGCUCAACACAAUCACACUGGCCAUGUGGUAUCCACAGGCCCCCAGCGCCUAUCUCGCUGGUUUGGCCAUCUGCAAUUAUGUCUGGACGGGCAUCUUUGUGGUUGAGUUGCUCAUCAAAUUGGGGGGUCUGGGACUACGUUCCUACUUUGCAUCUGGGUGGAAUCGUUUCGAUUGCCUUGUGGUCACCUUGUCCAUCGUUGAAAUCAUCAUUGAAGCGACUACCGACAGUUCGACCGGGGGACUUUCAAUUCUGCGCAGCUUCCGAUUGUUGCGCGUGCUGAAGCUGGCGCGGUCUUGGAAGACCAUGCAGCAUCUCGUCGGGGUUGUGGGCCGAUCCCUUUCGGACUUGCUCAGUCUGACGAUCAUACUCUUGAUCAUCAUGUACAUCUUCGCCGUCAUGGGCUUUCAACUCUUCCGUACCGACUACACCCGCGACAAGUUUGAGGGUGAGCUUCCACGCUGGAACUUUGAGGACUUUGGCCAUGCCUUUAUGGUCGUCUUCCGCGUCCUUUGUGGCGAGUGGAUUGAACUUCUAUGGGAGACAAUGCAUGCUGCCGGCUAUGGUGCCGUGGUAUACUACGUUAUUGUGCUGGUCGUUGGUAACUUCAUCGUGCUCAACCUCUUCCUUGCACUGCUCCUCUCGGCCUUUGACGUGACGGAGCUGGCCUCGGUGGCAGGCAGCAGCAAUAGUACGCUUGCGAGCUCUCGAUCUAGCCUACUUAGUGUCAGUUCAAACGACCACGCGACCAUCAGCACGGAUCAAGACAAAGUUUCCCUACAGGGUUGCAGCGCAUCUACGCCCAUUGUACUGAACGAGGUGAACCCAGCUCCCAGAUCUGAAGGCAUCGCGCUGGCUCAGGCGCCGCCGACUGUGAUGAUAAACCCGCAGCAGGAGUCGCAGAACAUGUUCGACCAAAGGAACAGUGCUCCGGGCCUUUUGGGACCCGCUCAAGCCCCGUGUUUAAUCCAGAGCGUACCAUUGCAAGCGAGCAAGAAGGAGGGCGUUGACAGUGUGGCCAAACAAUCGGCGCCCAAGGGUCUUCGACGAUUGUGGACGAGCAAGAAAAUUGCUCCGAUUACGCUGACAAGCGGUGAAAGCAGCGGGCAUUCAGAGCCACAAUCAAGCCCACGCAAACGAAUGGCCUGCUGUAUUUGGUCUGCUCAAUGCUGGGCCAGCUACAAGGCGAGCCGAGUCAAGAGGGCGGCGUCCCGAGUCGUGAAUCAUUGGCUAUUUGAGACCUUCAUCCAGGUGCUCAUCCUGUGGAGCUCAAUCAUGCUUUGUUUUGAGGAUGCCAGCUUGCACCGCAAUGAUCGGCUGCAACAAACGCUGACAGGCAUGAACAUCUUCUUCACGACCGUGUUCGUAUUCGAAGCUCUCCUCAAGAUCUUUGCCUGGGGCCCCUAUGAGUAUUUUCGAGGCGACAAUCGCUGGUGGAAUCGUCUUGACUUCUUCAUCACGCUCGUGUCCCUGAUUGAUUUGAUCAGUGCCGGGGCAGACCUGACGGCUUUGCGAUCGCUGCGUACCCUGCGUGCGCUCCGACCACUGCGGGCUAUCUCGCGAUGGGAGGGCAUGCGCGUCGUGGUCAAUGCUCUAUUGAGUGCCAUUCCAGCCAUUGCCAACGUUUUGUUGGUUUGUGCCUUGUUUUGGCUCAUCUUUGCCAUUGUUGGGGUGCAAUUUUUUGGUGCACGUUUCGGUCGAUGCGUGGAUGCGGAUGGCGAGCUCGUGCCUCGAACAGAGGUGCGUAGUCGCGCCGACUGUGCCUCGGCCAGUAGCAUAGCGGCAGGCUACACCUGGGUCAACCCCACAGUCAACUUUGAUAACAUCUUGAAUGCCUUUGUGGCGUUGUUGCAAGUGGCCACCUUUGAAGGCUGGAUGGAGAUUAUGGAAGCUGCCGUGGACGCUCAGGGCGUUGACAAGCAACCGCAGCGUGAGACUCAAUUUGAGGCGUACAUCUUUUUUGUCGUCUUUAUCAUUUUUGGCGGCUUUUUCACGCUCAACCUCUUCAUCGGGGUGAUUAUCGAUACGUUCAACCGUCUCAAAGCCGAGCUCAAGGAGGGCCGCAACUUGUUUCUGACGGAGGGCCAACAACAAUUUAUCACCCAGUUGCAGAGUGCGCUGCGUGCCAAGCCAAAGCGACGCGUAAGUGCCCUUGACCCCGGUUCCGCCAUGCGCAUGCGCAGUCCAUAUCUGGAGCCCUUUAUCAUAGGGUGUAUCGGACUCAAUGCGAUUGUGUUCUGCAUGUACUACUACGACGAGCCCGCAGCGUUGACCCGCUUUCAGACAAUCAUCAACCUUGUGUUCGCGGGUAUCUUCACGGUCGAGGCCCUGAUCAAGAUUGCGGCUCUGGGCCGCGCGUAUUUUGCUACGGGGUGGAAUCGCUUUGACUUUUGCAUCGUGGUGCUCACUUUUGUGGGUAUUGUGGUGGAGGCGGUGUCUUCCAGCCUGCCCAUGAGUCCGACCACGCUGCGCGUGCUCCGCCUGCUGCGUGUGAUUCGCGUGCUUCGGGUGGUUAAGCAGGCUCGUGGCAUUCAGCGCUUGUUGACGACCAUGGUCAUGUCUGCACCGGCCCUGCUCAACAUUGGAACCUUGCUGUUCGUGGUGCUUUUUGUGUAUGCCAUCGUGGGCAUGACGCUUUUUGCACAUGUCAAGUUUACCGGACCCGUCGUCGACAACUUUAUGAAUUUUCGCAACUUUGGCAAUGCGCUGGUGCUAUUGUUUCGAUUGUCCACCGGGGCGGGGUGGAAUGAUGUGCUUGAGGCCUGCUCCAUCCAAGCGCCCGACUGUGAUCCCACUUACUUGGAUCUCCCCAACGGCAAUUGUGGAGAUCCCUUGGCAGCCAAGUUUUACUUUUCCACCUUUGUUGUGGUCACCUUCUUGAUCCUUAUUAACAUGUACAUUGCGGUGAUACUGGAAAAUCUGGCCUUUGUUCAAGCCGAGGAGAAGCUGCCGCUUACGUCGGCAGAGAUUGAGGUCUUUUACGAGAAAUGGGCACAUUAUGACCCGGAUGCAGAUCGCUUCAUUCUGUACCACGAUCUGCACGCGCUCUUUGCCGCGCUACCACCUCCAUUGGUGACCCAAACCAUGACGUGGGGCCGCAUCGCGGCGCUCAAUAUACCGCUCUACGCAGGGGACAAGGUGCAUUGCUCGGAUGUACUGCACGCGCUGAUCAUGCAAGUGGUACGCCAGCAGGAUGAGGAGCACCUCCUCACUGAAGAACAGAUUCACCAGCGUGUGGAGGACCAUAUGAGUCGUGCAUUCCCAGACCGUCAACAGCUCAGCAAGAUCGGCUCGACCUGGGAUCGUCUUCGUGAGCAGCAGGCAGCCCGCCGACUGCAGCGGCAUGUUCGCAAGUGGUUGGAGGGACGUCGCGCGAUACGUGUGCAAUCUUCUAGAAAGUGA